UCACUCCGUGUCGCUCGCGCUGAGACCACAAGCAAGGUCGCCAACUCGGAGACGCAUGUGACGCGAGCAACGCUCCGUACGCGCAAACCAUCCGCUCCUUCGCCGUCAGCUCAGAUGGAAGAAGCGCGGUUUUCCAACGCGAUCGAGCGUUUCGGGGUGUAAAGUUCAGCGGGAGCGGAGUGCGCGCGAGCCAUGGACGGGUUCCUUUGUGCGCCGCAUGCGGGGCGCGAUGAGCAUGAGGACUAGCGCGCGGGGCGCUCCGCCGACACUUAUUUACCCCGGACAGAACCGCGGCUGCGUCGGACACCGUCGCGCUCAGAAUGCUGCUGCUGCUUCUGCGGCGGCCUCUGGCUCACGUGAUGCAGUUUUGAUGCUUAUUUGAUGUUUAAAUAUCCACUUUAGUUUAUAACCCAAAGAGCUGCGCACGCACGGGAGACGUCGACAUGCUGACUGGGUCCAAGACCACGUUCAAAGUGAGACAGCUCGUCCCGGACGUGAAGGGGAGGAUGCAGAGCCAUGGUGGGCUUCAUGUCCGGGGCAGAGACCACUUUGGUCUGCAGUGCUUACCAGGGGAGUGUGUUUUGCAGAGAGCGGUGUUGGUGAGAAAGAAGCUGUCGGCUGCGGAGGGGGGCGGCUGGCUUGCUGGGACCCUGUUCUGCACCCACUUCAGAGUCGCCUUUGUAGCCCAGGACAGCAAGAAACCUGAUGACAGCGCAGACCCAGUUCUCUUUGGAGACCACGAUGUCGCCCUGGCCUCUAUAGAGAAGGUGGUGGCAGUUGGGCCGUCUCGCACAAAGCUUGUGACGCCAAGCACCUCCCUGAAGUUCACGCCCGAGGAGCUGGUCGUGUAUUGCCGAGACCUCCGGGUGCUGUGCUUCUUGUUUGACCGACUGACCCCCGAGACCCAGGCUGUGGAGAUAACCUACGCCAUAGCGAAAACCUACCAGCCCAUGAAGCCAGGCUCCAUUCUCUCCUUUCAGAAUUCAGCGCUGGGGAGCGUGGAGAUGAGACAGUUCCUCAGCAACCGCAGACAAGACUGCCACAUGAACUGGUUUGAGACUGCAGCUGACUGGGAAAAAGAGUUGGAGAGGACCAGAGCCAUGGGCUGGAGAGUCAGUGCCGUCAACGACCGCUUCGAAAUGGCCACCAGCCUUCCCAGGUUCAAUGUGGUCCCUCAGAAGGUUCUAGACACGGAACUGAAGAAGACCUUUGCCCACUUCAAUGAGGGGCGUAUCCCUCGAUGGUGCUGGCAUCACCCAUGUGGGAGCGACUUGUUGCGGAUGGCCAGCCUCCAGAACAACAUCUACCAUGAGAAAGAUGAUAUCAGGAACCUUGAGGCUAUUGUGUUUGGGGUCCAGCAGCAGUGCGUGGUGGUGGACGUGGCAGAGGAGAUGCCCACGCCGGCCGACAUCCAGCUGGCCCACACUCGCCUGCGUGCGCUGUGCCUCGGGGACAUCUCUACAAAUGCCUCUGUGCCCGACGACAGGUGGCUCUCCACUCUGGAGAGCACUCGCUGGUUGGACCAUACCAGGUGCUGUUUGAAGAAAGCUGCAGAGGUAGCAUGUCUGCUGAGGGAGCGGCAGCUUUCUGUCAUCCUACAGGAACCGGAGGAUCGAGAUAUGAACUGCGUGGUGUCCAGUCUGGUGCAGGUGAUGAGUGACCCGUACUGCAGGACCAUGCUGGGCUUCCAGGGCCUCAUACAAAAGGAGUGGGUGAUGGCAGGACAUCGCUUCCUCAGUCGGGCCAACUACCACCGGGACAGUGACAAAGAGGAGGGCCCGAUUUUCCUGCUUUUCUUGGACUGCGUGUGGCAGCUGUGGGCACAGCGCCCCUCACGUUUCCAGUUCACAGGGGACUACCUGCUGGCCCUCCAUGACAGCGCCCAUGUACCCCUCUUCAGCACCUUCCUGUUCAACUGCCAGAGGGAGAGGAGCAGGCGUUCGCAGCGUCUGACUCAGAGUUACACUCCGGUUGACGGAUGGAGUGAGGGGCCACCCGAAGAGGCCUCCCAGCAUCCUUCCGACCCUCCGUUUCCGCCUGUAUGGGACUGGGCCCUGCAAUACAGCCCACGCAGACGGGCCUGCUUCACGCAGCCCGUUACCCAGCCCAUCCUGGCUGCGCCAGCGGUCCUGAACGGGAACCUUAACGCCAACCCUGAUAACCACAAGCUGAAUGAUGCAGUCCCAGGCUCCGUCUUCCUCUUCUCACGGGGCAGUUUCACCUCCCCUUCACACCUCCUGCCCUGGCGCAGCGGUGGAGGGGUGGGGUCCUACCGUAAGAGUCACCGACGGGCCCCCUCCUCCGAAAGCCUGCCUGGACUGGACCGUCUGCUGAAGGCCUACUCCCUGCUGGAGGUGUGCAGGACUCCCUCAAGCCCCCACGACCCCCAGGAGCCCCUGUUGCCCCUCCUGCUAGGGCCCUGUGUAGGGGUGUGGAAGGAGUGCUACCUUCGAGGUGCUCUCCAUGCACAGGCCUGGGCCCACCCGUCGUCCACAUCUUCUCCAUUCGCAUCGGCCUCCACGCACCACCCGGUAGAUCAGUUGGCCCAGGAGGUGCAGCAGCUGAGGGACAAGCUAGCCCAAGUAUCCUUUUCACGCGCUGCCAGCAAAACCAACAGGCAGCAGUUUCGCCGCCCUGAAGCCAACCUCAACCGAAAUGCCAGCAGCGGUACUUUCCUCUUUUCUGCUUCAAGACCUGCCCAGGUUACACCCAGGGCUAUUCCCCCAACUUCCUCCCUGCCCAAGGCCCCGCUCCCAAAGUGCCCAAUAACCGGCCCUGCCCAUCGGGACGCGGGCAAGCGCACGUUCCUUUUUGGCUCUACUCCGAAUGGCCGAGCAGACCUGCGGUACACCCCUACGCCCAGUGUCAGGCUAGCCAAGAACAGUGGCUCCUCCUUGAAAUCCUAAGUGUGUUACCAGCAGUGUGGUGAACUUUACAUUGCAAGGAAGUGUUUGCCACAUUCCAAAUAGUAUUGAAGCAAAGAACCAGUGAACCUAAAUUGCGUGUAAAUUAUUCAUUGACCACACGAGCCAACGACGUGUUUACAGCUUGUAUUUUUUCUAUGUUCACUCAUUUAUAUAUUAUAUGAAAUGAUCUGUUUGUGGAAAAACUGGCGAUGACCCAUUCAGAACUUUCCUCUGGGUGUGAAGUAAUGGAGCAGUUCUGGGAUAGAACAGUAGAGGGAGACAUUUGACACUGAAAAAACCUCUAAAAGGGACUAAAAAUAAUAUUUGGCACUAAUACUUUAUCCAGUAUUUUAGCGGAUCAAGUCGAUUACAGUAUUUCCAUAGUGACGUGAAAGUAAGAGAACUUUCAUUUGUCCUGAUGUGUAAUUUGUUGUCAACUCAGCUGUGUAUCUCACGCACAGUAUUUAUACUGGAAUGCACAAUUGCAAAAUCAGUUGAAUACAUUAGCAACAGUAAUUUUGCACGGUUGGAGCAUAAGAGGAACUAUAAUUUCUAUAGUGUCUUAACUGUUCUUGUUGGUAGCCUGUGUUUGAGCGCUAGCCCUCUUUGAACUGUGCUGGGAACCUGAUUGAAAUUCAAGACACCGUGAGUGGAACUAAAGGCAUUCAGUGCGUGCCAGUAGUCUCCUUUGGUGUGACAGAAUAUGCUUAUUAGUCUACGUAUUAAUACAAGUAUCACUGUAAAAAUUUAUGCGUGCAGUUCAGCGGACUGAGGCAACUGCUCCUCCGGGCAACAGUCUGAAGGUCCUGAUGGAUCCAAGUUUGCUUGGCUUGUUUCGGUGUAGUGUGGAUUUCAUAAAGACUAUCUUAUCACUUUCAGCAUUCAGUAUUCAUCAUUACUUUUUACAUGGUGAUGUAAUUAAAUAGUAUAUUUUUUUGUUCUGGUUAUAUUUUUGUCUAUUUCUAAUACUAUCUUGAUGUAGCCUUUAAAAAAAGUACCUUCGUGAUGUCUUCUCCCCACACGCGUUAGUCUAUGUCAAGUGUUUAUUGUACUUGAGGUCUGGGCAAAUAGGGGAGAUGGUUAACUGAAAGGACAGUGCAGGAGUCAGGCCUUUCAUUGGGAUGAUGUGAACUCUUAGGUGACGAAAGCACUAGGAUCUGCCUAAUGGGGGUAAUUUAUGUGGUAAACACUGUGCAACCAAAAAUUCCUAAUAAAGGUAGAAGUUUCACACAAAAUCACUUAUAUAGCACUAAAUUCUGUGUUCUUUUGUCAAACUUUUAAUGGACAGAUGAUGGGUAUAUUUUUCUAUACACUUUCCUUCAAAGCAUCGUUCAUCAUGGUAUGUCUGUUAUGACCACGUUGAAUUUCUUUGUUCUUUUUCCAAAGCUUUGACAUUAAAAACCCAAAGCCUGUUUUAAUUUGGUCAGUCUUGUCAAAAAAAACCUAAGGCAAAUCCAAAAUAUAUUUACAGUAUGUAAAGCAAUUAAUAUGGCUUUUGUUGAUAUUCUCUGUUUUAGUGUUUUUGCCCAUUUUUGUUCACUGAGAAAAUGCAAGGUCUAAACGUUAUCUCCUGGCUGGAAAAAGCAAUUGAAAGGGUUCUUGCCUGAUAUCCAGGUGAUUCCGAAUGUGCAGGUAGUACUUCUUAUGAGGAUUCUCUGCACUAGAAGAAGUGUAUCUUUUAGGUACAAACGUAGAUUUUGGUACGAAACUUGACUUGAAAAUGUAUAUAGCCGUCUAUUUUCAGUCCACCUUAUUUAAUAACUUGAAUAAAUCUUGCUUCA